AUGCCAACAGAUGUUCUGAAAACGCCUGACGAACUCUUCGAACGCUUUGUCAAUGCUCAAACAUUCAAAACAAUUCUUCAUUCAUUCGAUGAUCUAUGUCGAUCACUUCGUAUCGAUCGUUCAAUCGUUGGCUAUAGCAAAAGAUCUUUAUACAAAGCUUUAUCGAGUAAAUUAACUUCGUGGAAAUGCAAAAGUCUUUGGACAAAGCUCGAGAAACGAGGUUUACAAAAAGAAUAUGAGAAUGGACAUGUUUGUGCUGAUACAAAAAUCUUCUAUUUGUAA